CCUCAGCAAACGGAACCAGAAGAAGGCCACAGUCUCUCGCUCUACACGGUUCGCCAGUUGAUCAAACAACGAUCUGAAAAAUUGGAUCUGAUUUCUUCGGAUCAAUCAUCAUUAAGAAGAUCUUCAGUGGAGUUUAAUCUCUUUAAUUAAUUAGGUUAUGGAAGAAAGCGAACAGAGGAUGCGUUGUUCGUUGUUGUUUGCUGCGCUUUUGAUAGGUUGUUUCGUUACACAGAUAUGUUCUUCUUCGGACUCUAUAUUUUACGAUUCAUUCGAUGAAUCUUUUGAAGGAAGGUGGAUCGUAUCUGAGAAUGAAGAUUAUUCAGGUGUAUGGCAACACUCGAAAAGCGAUGGGCAUGAAGAUUAUGGACUGCUAGUGAGUGAAAAAGCUAGAAAAUACGCCAUUGUUAAGGAGCUCGAAAAACCUCUAGACCUACAAGACACCACAACCAUCCUCCAAUUUGAAGUCCGCCUUCAACAGGGUCUGGAAUGCGGUGGCGCAUAUCUAAAAUAUCUCCGUCCACAAGAUUCCGGUUGGAGCGCCAAACUAUUCAACAACGAAUCACCUUAUUCAAUAAUGUUCGGCCCUGACAAAUGCGGUGCUACAAAUAAAGUCCAUUUCAUCUUGAAACAUAAAAACCCCAUUAAUGGAGAGUAUACCGAACACCACCUCACUUCUCCUCCGUCAGUCCCUUCCGACAAAUUAACCCAUGUCUACACUGCAAUCAUAAACCCCGGGGAUAACGACCUGCGAAUCCUAGUCGACGGAAAAGAGAAAAAGAAAGCAAAUUUCUUAUCAACCGAAGACUUUCAGCCAUCGAUCAUCCCGGAAAAGACGAUCCCUGACCCGGAUGAUAAAAAACCAAAAGAUUGGGACGAGCGAGCCAAGAUUCCAGACCCGGAUGCGGUUAAACCGGAGGACUGGGACGAGAAUGCUCCGAUGGAAAUUUUAGACGAGGAAGCUGAGAUGCCGGAAGGAUGGCUGGAAUCAGAGCCGGAGGAAAUCGAGGAUCCGGAAUCGUUAAAGCCGGAAGAUUGGGACGAUGAGGAGGACGGCGAAUGGGAGGCUCCGAAAAUUGAGAACCCGAAAUGUGAAUCGGCACCCGGUUGUGGGGAAUGGAAAAGACCAAUGAAACGAAAUCCGGAUUACAAGGGUAAAUGGCAUGCACCUCUAAUUGAAAACCCUAAUUACAAAGGUAUCUGGAAGCCACGACAAAUUCCAAACCCUAAUUACUUCGAACUUCAAAACCCUAAUUUCGACCCAAUUGCCGCUGUUGGAAUCGAGAUUUGGACCAUGCAAGAUGGAAUCUUGUUUGAUAACAUUUUGAUCGGAAACGACGAAAAGGUCGCAAAGUCAAUCAGGGAUGCCACGUGGAAACCCAAGUUUUUGGUUGAAGACGAGAAACGAAAAGCGGAGAAGUCAACCGGUUUAGAUGGUCUUAAAGGGAUUCAGAAAACUGUGUUUGACGUUCUUUACAAGAUCGCGGAACUGCCUUUUCUGGGCGAACGUAAGACAAAGGUUUUGGAGCUUGUUGACAAGGCUAAGGAACAACCGAAUCUUACAGUUGGACUUAUGGUUUCGAUUGUGGUUGUGGUUUGUAGUAUCUCAUUGAAGGUGCUGUUUGGUGGGAAGAAACAUGGUAAGGUGAAAGUGGAAGUGGAAGAUGGGAAGAAGGAUGAAGGUGAGAGGAAGAUGAGGAAAGGAGGGAAUAAUGAAGAUGAUCAUGAUGCGACUGGUACUCGUAAGAGAAAUGCAAGACGUGAGCAACGACAAGUUGACUGAAGAGAUGAGUUCUGGUAGAAUUCUAUUGGUGUUAGUUUAUUAUUAUUAUUAUUAUUAUUAUUAUUAUUAUUAUUAUUAUUAUU